AUGUAUAACGUCGCGACACUGACAAAAAAAAGGGAGGCCAAAGGGAUAUUAACGAAAAUAUUUUGUCGAGUUGCUUCGAACAUGUCACUUGUUGCUGUUGUAGUGUUUUUCCUAUGUCUCAGUAGUCCGUUCAUUGCGUGUAAAAAACAAGAUCCUGUCUGUGUUGAACCAUUGGAUGGUGUGGCUGCAUAUCCAUGUGAAAGUCGUCCAAGUCGAGAGCCACUUAGUUUACAAUACAGUAAAGUGCAAAUUAGUAAACCAGCUCCAUUGUUUGAUAGCAUAGCUGUGAUUAACGGCGAAUUUAAGGAAGUUAGUUUGAGUGAUUUCAAAGGCAAAUAUCUCGUUCUUCUUUUUUACCCAUUGGAUUUUACAUUCGUAUGUCCAACUGAGAUCAUUUCUUUCUCCGAUCGUAUUCAAGAAUUCAAGAGUAUUAACACUGAAGUGGUAGCAAUUUCGGUCGAUUCGCAAUUCACACAUUUAGCCUGGAUCAACACUCCUCGUGAACAAGGUGGUCUAGGAAAGAUCCAAAUCCCACUCCUAUCCGAUUUGACUCAUCAAAUCUCCAAAGAUUACGGUGUUUACCUUCAAGAUGUUGGUCAUGCCUUGCGAGGAUUAUUCAUCAUCGAUAGCCGUGGUAUCCUUCGUCAAAUAACCAUGAAUGAUCUUCCUGUCGGCCGAUCAACAGAUGAAACGCUUCGACUUCUUCAAGCAUUUCAAUACACUGACAAGCACGGUGAAGUGUGUCCUGCCGGUUGGCGUCCAGGUGCUGACACAAUUAUACCAAAUCCGGAAGAAAAACUGAAAUAUUUCAUCUUCGUCAACAAACAAUCCUAUCAUUUGUUAUAG